UUGCCGAGGCAGUUGUACAUUUUAAAGAAAAUAGAUUAUACGUCAUUCAGAAAUUGUAAAACGCUCCGAGUCUGUAGCACAUAUCUUUUGUGAACAAAAUGCAGGCUGAAGAAGUUGACCCAAAACGCACAAAGAGAUAUGUGGAUGAUGUUUUUCGCCAAGUUCAGGAGAAACCGGGAGUUGAGGACAUAUUGAUCAUGAACCACUCGGGAGUUCCUGUGAAAACAUCGAUGGAAAGGCAUGAGAGUCUCCAAUACGCCUGUUUGUAUGACAACUUAAGGGAAAAGUGCCAGGCGUUCCUAGCCAAAUUGGACCCAGCUCAGACUUUGACCUUUUUGAGAGUUCGUACUAAGUUCCAUGAAGUACUCAUCACACCAGAUGCCAAGAUCACCGUGUUAGUGGUGCAAAAUGCGAAGGAUAAGUACAUAAACAUGAAGGAUUCGCAAUAAAAAAUACUCUUACUGUCCUUACAAAAAUGGCCACACGCAUAAAUGUAAUUGGGUAUUUAAACAUGAAUGUUAUCUAAAUAAAGAAGUUAGUUGUCGCAACAUAAAAAAA